AUGGGGGAGGAGGAGGAUGAGGAGGAUGAGGAGGAUGAGACGGGGGAUGGCGCAGAUGAUGGUGGUGAUGCCGGUGACUUUGAGGAGGAUGAUGCGGUGGAUUGUGAUGGCGCUGAUUUAUUGGCGUUGGAGUUGGCGGAGGAGGACGAAGGUGAUGAUGCAGUGGAUUUAGAGGACACUUUCCACCUGACAGGCGUGUGGUGGAACCGAUCUGAAUCCAUAAGAUAG